AUGAAGCUGCUGGCGAUGCGUCGGGCGCUCGCGCUCCAGCGGUCUGUGGCCGCGCGCAAGCAGCUCGUCGUGCGGGCGUUCAGCGGUAAUUGGGAGUACCCGAAGAUCGAGGGCAGUGUGGCAGACGUGACGACCGCACUGACGACGAUCGGCGCGCGGUUAUCGAUCGCCACGGCGCCGCUCUAUUUCACGCCGUUAAAAGUCGACUUUAUCGUGCGCGAGAUGAAGGGACUGGACGAGCUCCUGCAGGUGCAAAAGACGCUGCUGCUCUGCGAUGCCAAGAUGGCCUACCCCUCGGCCUUUGCAGCCGGCAGCUUCUUCUCAGCGUGCCUGAAGCUCGACGCGGCCCAUGUGGCGCUCGAGUUUCUCCGUCAAGCGGAGAACGUGCGCCACUACGUCAAGAAUCAGAGCUUUGUGCGUCUGGCCGAGCACUAUGACAGCUGCGAUGACCAGCACGCGGUGGACGAGCUCGUGCAGAUCAUGCGGACCAAGCGCGUGCCCCUGACGCACAAGAUGGCUACAUUCCGCGUCCUGCAUGCAAAGAAACGGGGUGCAUGGGACGAGGCCGUCGCGCUUGCCAAAGAGGCGGCCGCUGACCGUCAGAUUAACUCGCAUCUGAUCAUCCAGUUGCUGCUGGAUGGCAACGGAGAUGUCUGCAAGGAACACCUCCCGCUGGCCAGGUACCUUGCAGACAAGGGAGAUGUCUACGUGAAUGCACGCCUCGCGGACAUGCUAGCAGGAGGAGAUGGCAAAUUGCCGGAAGUCAAGGUGGAGGAGCCGGAGCAGUCUGCGGACGAAGCAAUAGCGAAGGAAAAGGACGCUGGUAACAAGUAG